AUUCCUGCUGUUUUAUUGUUUUUAUCAGGUGAAAAUACAAUAACUUCGGUAGUGCAAAGUUAAACCAGCUUAGCUCUGUCCAGUCUCUACAAAUCUCACGAAGGGACAUCCACAAUCUGUUCCCAGUGAUGGAUGGUGGAAAUUAUGAAUAGGACAGUCCCAGUGGCUCCCACUAAGCUUAACAUUAUUGCCUGUUGGUGCACAUUUGAAGGGUGCAAUGACAUCAGUUGAAGAGAAAAUGUUGCCUCAUAUUGCACUACUUGGUGGUGGCAUAUUUGUUCGUUCACAAUACAUUCCUAGGCUAAAAGAGAUAUCUCAAACUGUGGUUCUCAGAGUGAUUUGGAGCCGAAGCGAGGAAUCUGCAAAAGCUGCGGCAGAACUUGCCCAUGAAUUCUCACCAAAUGUAGAAUAUAAAUGGGGAGAUGCAGGCCUCAAUGAUAUCAUUCAAGAUAGUUCGAUACAUGGAGUUCUAAUUGUUCUCACAGCUCAAGUUCAGGUGGACAUUUCACUAAGAAUGCUGAGGGCAGGGAAGCAUGUUCUACAAGAGAAACCAGCAGCAAGUUCUCUGAGCGAAGCAGAAAAUGCAAUGUUGUUUUACCAUUCUUUGCAUGCCAAUUUCCCUCAUCGACCAAUUUGGGCUGUUGCAGAGAAUUAUCGAUUCGAGCCUGCUUUUGUGGAGUCACAAAGAUUAGCAAAAGAAGUUGGUGACAUGAUGAGUGUGCAAGUCAUUGUUGAGUCAUCAAUGAAUAGCUCCAAUCCCUAUUUCUCAAGCUCAUGGAGACGGAACUUUGCUGGAGGUUUCAUACUGGAUAUGGGGGUACAUUUUGUUGCAGGAUUGAGAAUGAUUGUUGGAUAUGAGGUGACAUCGAUCUCUGCUAUUUCUCGCCAUGUUGAUACCAGUCUGCCUCCGCCAGAUAACGUUUGUGCGGUAUUUCAGCUAGAAAAUGGCUGUGGCGGAGUGCUCGUGUUGUCUGUUUCCACGAGAUCACCCAAGAUAUCUUGGCGAGUUGUUGGCUCAAAGGGAUCUGUUGAAACUGAACGUGGAAUCAGAAAUGGGCAGCAUGGUUACACAGUAACAUACAGCCCUGCCGGUGAACCGCCUCAAUGUUCAUUUUAUCCAUUUUGUGGAGUAAAUGAAGAAUUGAAAGCUUUUGUCCAAGACAUUUCACAGGCAAACCUUAAGGAUGGUGAAGCAUAUGAACCAGACCCUCGUGGUACGUAUUUAGAGGGGGCUCGGGAUGUUGCACUUGUUGAGGCAAUGCUUGAAUCCGGUUUGAAGAAUGGAGAGCUGUUCCAUGUCAAAAAGCUAUAAAUACUGACCUUUGGCUCACCUAUUUUCAAGAGGAUCAUAUUUAGAUAAUAAAGAGGAAAAAGAAAGGAAAAAUAUGUGAUAUUGCCUUUAUAUGAGUAGCCAUUGUGAUUUAGGGACUGGGAUUUUACCAAGGAUAUUGCAUUGACAAAUUAGAGAUUUAUUGAAGAAAGUCUGUUGGUUAAUCCUUC